UUAUUUACUUAAGGUCUUUGUUGGGCAGAGAUUUUAGGAAUCUCUGUAUACCUUCAUUUGGAGUUUGAACAUGUUGCAGGCAGGGAGUUGUGUGUCUGCCACAGCGCUGACCCUAAUUGAGUUUGCGUAUCUCAAAGAAAGCAUUAAAUACUCCAGGACUCCCCAUCAAAGCCAUGGUCCCUCCUGGAAAUAAUAGACAGGGUAUAUCCCUUGAUAUUUGUGAGGCUAGCCAUGUAAGAUAUGCACAUCCAUCUAGCUACCUGUCUAUAAAUUUGCAAAAACAAGUUUUUAAAAAAGAAUAAUGCUAGCUAUAAAUUAUAUAAACUUUCAUUUUUAAUUACUUUAAACUUUAUUUUAUGUACAAUUGCUGUUGUUUAAGAAUUCUAUAAACUUUAUUGGUAUUGACAAGAUACGACAAGAUCAUCUCGCACAUCUCAUCUAUCUAUUAUCUUUCAGCAAUCAAUAAUUUUUUCUCUUGAAAACAAAGUUAUAAUCCAUACAAGUUGUGUGUACAUAUGAAAGCUUGCUAUAUGUUAAAGCAGCCAAGAAGUAUAUUGAGGAACUACGAAAUUUGUUGUCAUGUUUUGAAACGAAGUUUGAAAAGUUACUCGGAACAACAUGCAAUAGUAAAGGCUAGAACUUUAGCUGAUAAUAAUGCUGUAAAGAAUGUAAAACGUCUACUAGAUACAGAUUUGAUCCUAUAUUUAAAUUAUAUAACUCGAUCUGAGCAAGACGAACUAAUGAAAGAAAUUGAUAAAUUAUUUCGUCGAAAGAAAUAUGAAUAUGAUCAUUGGGAUGGGGCGAUAACAGGGUUUAGAGAAACCGAAAAGACCAGAUGGAAUGCUCAAAACCAGGCUGUGUUAAAUAGGAUAAGAAGUACAUGUUUUGGUGAUGAUGAAAAAAUGAUACCAGGUGUUCAUGUGCUAGAUCUUGCAAAAAAUGGAUCUAUUCACCCACAUACAGACAGUGUAAAAUUCUGUGGCACAACAAUAGCCGGAUUAAGUUUAUUAUCAUCUGCAGUUAUGAGAUAUACGUCCACAAAAUAUGAAGAUUUAACUGUGGAUGUAUUGCUUCCUGAAUUCUCUGUGUAUGUUAUGAAAAACACCUUUCGAUAUGAUUUUAAACAUGAAUUACUUGGUGAGGAUGACUCAAAAUGGAACAAUCAAGUUGUUCCACGAAACAGAAGAGUUUCGGUGUUGAUGCGAAAUGAUUCUUAAACACAACAAUGGAAUGCAAAUACAUAUCUUAUAUUAACUUUGUAAUAAAAGCACUUUUAUGACAAGUGUCAACUAGUUGCAUAGAAUUUGCCUUGGUGCCAGUUUUUAUAAUAAUAUUUUUUAUUUCUUUACUAUUUAUAAAGAGUUCUUGUAUACUAGAGAUUGCAACUGUCUGUUUUUAUAAUCUG